GUAAGAAAUUACUUUAACAAAUUAAGCGAGAGUAUCAUUUUUCAGUUGUCCGAUAAACCUGUAUUUCUCUGCAAGGAGCCUCUGACAGAAUUCUUUAGAAGCAAUGUAACAAGGAAAUUGCAUGCUUUGAUAACGUUACUUGAAAAUUGCUCUGUGAUAAAAGGAUAGCGUGACGGUCUCUAAGAGCAUUCAGUAUUGCUUAGAAAGUUAACAACAAUGGAAGACGGGAAAGCGACGAGUGUCAGUUUAGAAACAUUAGAGGCUCACGACGGUGAGAGUUCGAAAAAUGAAUCCACUGAAAAUCUUGACAAUUCAUGCCUUGGGAAGGCAAAGAGGAUUUUAAAAGCUGUUUACAAAGGGGCUAGAUCGUUAGUAGGACUGGCCAUUAUUCUUAUAGCAUACGCAUUAAUUGGUGCGCUUGUAUUUAUGUUAAUUGAAUCAAGACAUGAACAGAAGUAUAAAUCAAAUAUCACAGGAAUACGGGACACCAUGAUUCAAGAAUUAUUAAUAAAAUCUGCCCCUAUAACUGACAAAGACGCCUGGAAAAAUCAUACAAAAGCAUUGUUACUUAACUACGAAAGUUCAAUCCGGGAUGCUAUUAAGAACGAUGUGCCUUCUGAUUCUACCGAAGAGGUUUGGACAAUGUGGAGCAGCUUAUUCUUUGUUUUUACAGUAUUUACAACUAUUGGUUAUGGAAAUUUAGCUCCAGUAACUGGACUUGGGCGAGUUUUAUGCAUAGUUUAUGCUGGCAUUGGUGUUCCCCUUGCCCUGCUUCUCUUGGCAGAAUUGGGUAAGCGAUUUACAAUGGCACUUAAAUUUUUAUGGGCCUUCGUAAGAAGAUAUUACUAUUACGGCUAUUGCAAAAAGGUAAGGGAACGAAAUCCGUUCCAGAGAAAAUACGAACUUAAUGAUGAUCACCUCCCAGAUGACGAAGCCAAAAGUGAAGACGGUAAAUCCGAUGAUAGAAGUCGAAGCGGCUCAAGGAUAAUAUACGGUUAUGAAGUAGAUGACGAGUUCAACGUACCUAUCACGAUCGCUAUUCUUAUCUUGUUUGUAUACAUUCUACUUGGUGCCAUGAUGUAUUCAAUUUGGGAAGACUGGGAUUUCAUCGAAGCUAUUUAUUUUGUUUUUAUAUCACUAUCAACGAUUGGUUUUGGAGACAUUUUGCCAGCUCAUCAAAAGUUCUUCGUUGUCUCGUCAAUUUACAUGUUCAUUGGCUUGUCGCUUGUCUCUAUGUGUAUAAAUGUUGCUAUUGAAUUUUUUAAUGUUGCCGCUGUACGUGCUAAAAGAAAAGUUGGUGAAGCAAAGAAGAAAAUAGGAGACAAAGCAAAGCAAGCACAUAGAAAUGCAAAAGAAAAAGUAGCCGAUAUCAAAACAAAUAUUGCUGACGAGACGUCAAAAUUCAAACACAAAUCUGAAGAAAAAGUGAAAAAGUUAAGAACCAAUAUUGCAGAUGAAACUUCAAAAUUUAAGCAGAAAACUGAUGAGAAAAUUUCAGGAAUUAAGACAAAUAUAAGUGAAGAAACAACAAAGUUUCGUAAAAAGGCAGAUGAUAAGUUCAGAAGGAAACCAAAAGAGCGCACGGAAUCAAGCCCUGCUAUAAUUCCGAUUCACACGGAUAAUACUUAUGACGAAAUUGGAACGGUUAAAUCAGAUACUGUUGAGGAGAAAUUGUAAAUAUAUAUUAUGAAGUAUACAUGAAAUAUGAAACAAAAUCAUAGGUAUGACUGUCACAAAAAGUAAUUAAAUGUAAUAGCGAUUAGCACCGAACAUUUGAUGCUUUUCAUUAUUAUGUAAUUUGCUAAAAUGUAUUUUCCCUGCUAUUGCAGACAUUGUUAUUGCUCAGAAAAAAGACUUGCCUUGCAUUGUAUUUAUAACGUGAGGAAUUUGUCAUUUAAUCAUUUUAUUCUUUCUUUACAUUUGUAUUUUGUGUAUGGAAAUAUGCCAGCAAAUGCUGAUAAGACUGAAGUUGAGGAUGUUUUCUGGGAUUAAGAAACAAAGCUUUAUAGCGUAUUUACAUUAAACAUUGAAUUAACUUACUUAGGAGUUUUAGGAAAUGACAUUAAAUUGCGUAGCACAUUUAUAUUUACGACUAUAGGUGAAAUCAUAAGCAUUUUGAAUGCAAAAUGGAUAAAACAAAGAAGACAAAGAUGUCAUUGAUGCGUUCCAAUAAAACAAAUUAAAUACAUUUUUUUCAUUAAUUUCAUUAUUACGAAUGCAUUAUGUUUGUUGAAUUUGUUAUUCAUUGUUUCGGUUCCAAUCAUGUAUCAAAUAUGACUAUUUUAUUAAUAAAAACAAGCAUGUACCUUAAUGACUUUGUUGCCAGUACAGCUAACUUUUCCUAAUAAUUCUCCGUAUGAAAUCCCGGAACUUGGCAGUUAUUCAUCUAUAUUAUUGCGUGGACAUACUUGUAACAGUUGAAUUUAUAUUAUGAAUUUAUAUUAGCAACUCAUAAUACAUCACGUAUUGGUAAGUUAAAAUGAGAACUGUAAACAUUUGAUGCAACAUUUCUAUAUAUUGAAUCAGUAACUUACAUCAAAGUACAUGUGUAUUUUCAUCUGAUUAAAACAAAAACAGCAGAACUGUAUCAAACAUUUAAUGAGAAUGCUUUUUUUAUGAUGAAUAAUCAUCUGUGUGUUCUGUUUAUUUUCCUUGUAACUCCCAUUUCAAUUCCUUUGAUUAAAAUGAUAUUUUAAUGGUGUAAAAUGUAAAGUUAUAAUUUGAAAUGUCUGACAUGUUCUAGCAUUGUUGAUUAAUUUUUGAUGUAAUAGGAUAAAUAUCGACAUGUUUUUUUUAGUUUAGUUUAUUCCAUAGGUGUUCAUGCAAUAAAUGUCGAUAUAACAUGAUUUAUCAAUGUGAAUUAUUAACUGCAUUGCAUAUUCCUGAAUAAUAAACUUAUAUAUGGAAUUGCAAACGCAUCACAUGAUUAUCUCACAAACGACAAAUAUUGUUUAUUGUUUGAGGCAGAAUUAUAUAUGUUCCUAAGAUUAUUUAAUUAUUGUUUUACCUUUGAUUAGUUAAUGAUGGAGACAUUUCUAUAAAUAGGUUUGGGCGUAACAUGUAACAUGUUGUAUUAAAGUUAAGAAAUUAGGAUUGAUUUAUUUACGUACGUUAUUUUUUAACAUGUUAAAUGUUUUUAAUUCAUAUCUCAAAAUAAUCUGUCAACAUUAUCUAAGCCUCUGAAUUAUUUCUUGUUAUUUUAUGUAACACAAUUGAUGCGUUUUCCGCUCUUUUCACGUUCAUGUCCAUUUUCCUAUCUUUGUUUUAAAGUUUGCCGUUUUUCUUUAAUGUUUAAAUAUGCGUGUACUUUUUUAGUUCAUUUAAAUUCUUUUUUACACAAUUGUUCAUUUGCUCAUAUGAAAUGUCUGCACAUGUUAAAAUAUUACAUGUACUUUAAAAGUCCCUAAUUGUCUCAUUCCAAAUAAAAUGACUAAUAUUUUGCA